GUCAACACUGGCGAGGUCUGAAUUAGUGACUGCAGCCCCCCAGCUCCCUAGAUAAGACCUCCUCCUCGCAGAGGGGAGAGAACUCCAUUACGAUAGAAACACACUAAACAAGGGGAGGGAGAGACACAGCACACAUGUCACAGAUGGAGCAGGAGAUCUCCCUGGUCCAGAGUAAGAUGUCUGAUCUGGAGUCGGUGUUGCAGCAGAAGGAUGUGGAGCUGAAAGCCUCGGAAACUCAAAGGAGCCUUCUGGAACAGGACCUGGCUACAUACAUCACAGAGUGCAGCAGUCUGAAGCGCAGUCUGGAGCAGGCCCGCACGGAGGUGUCCCAGGAAGAUGACAAGGCGCUGCAGCUUCUUCACGACAUCAGGGAGCAGAGCAACAAGCUGCAGGAGAUCAAAGAGCAGGAGUGCCACGCUCAGAUGGAGGAGAUGCGCGUUGCCAUCAGGCAACUGGAGGAGGACCUCUCGGCCGCCCGUCGUCGUAGCGACCUCUACGAGUCCGAGCUGAAGGAGUCCCGGCAGGCCAGCGAGGAGCUGAAGAGGAAGGCCGCCGAGUACAACCAGAGGAUGCAGAAGGCCAAGGAGCAAGGAAAAGCAGAGGCGGAGGAGGUGUUAGCAAAGCUGGAAAAGACCAAUUCUGAACAGCAAGCCAAAAUUCAGGAUCUCCAAGAUAAGCUUGCCAAGGCAUCAAAGGCCAGCUCUGAGGCCUCAGAUCUCAUGCACAGCAUCCGCGUGGCCAAGGAACGCAUGGAGCGUGAGCUCGAGAGGCUGCAGAACAAGGAGGACUCCAGCGACAGUCUGCGCAGACGCCUCCGUGAGACCGAGGAUGGCAGGAAGACUCUGGAGAACCAGGUGAAGCGUCUGGAGAUUGUGGAGCGUCGAGAGAUGAAACUGAAGGAGGACAUCCAGAGCAAGGCCCAGCAGAUUCAGCAGAUGGCUGAGAAGAUCAUGGAGCUUGAGGAGAGCGUACGUGAGACACAGUCCACAGCCCAGCGCGUGGAGUCUCACCUGGAGCAGAAGGAGAAGCUCUACGAGGAUAAGAUCAAGGUCUUGGAGACCCAGAUGAAGGCAGACAUGGCCGACAAGGAGAUGCUGGAGUCCAGUCAGAGCAAGUAUGAGGAGGAGGUUCGUGAGAAGUGCAGCAUCAUCAGUGACCAGAAGGCGACGAUCAAUGCCAUGGACUCCAAGAUGAACAGCCUGGAGCAGAGAAUUGCAGAGCUUUCCGAGGCCAACAAACUGGCAGCCAACAGCAGCAUCUACACCCAGAAGAACAUGAAGGCCCAGGAGGAGAUGAUCUCGGAGCUGAGGCAGCAGAAGUUCUACCUGGAGUCGCAGGCAGGGAAGCUUGAGGCCCAGAACGCCAAGCUGGAGGAGCAUCUGGAGAAGAUGAGCCAGCAGGAGCAGAGCAACAAGAGCCGUGUGACGGAGCUGGAGAGCAAGCUGAGAGAGACGGGCCUGGAGCACGAGGAGCAGAAGCUGGUGAUCAAGCGUCAGGUGACGGAGGUGACCCUGUCGCUGCAGGAGCGCGAGUCCCAGAUUAGCGGGCUGCAGACGGCGCGCCACGCCCUGGAGAGCCAGCUGCAGCAGGCCAAGACGGAGCUGGAGGACACCACGGCAGAGGCCGAGGAGGAGAUCACCGUCCUCAGGGCUCACCGGGACGACAUCCAGCGCAAGUUUGACGCCCUGAGAGACAGCUGUGCGGUGAUCACAGACUUGGAGGAGCAGCUCACCCAGCUGACCCAGGAGAACUCGGAGCUGAACCGGCAGAACUUCUACCUGUCCAAGCAGCUGGACGAGGCCACGGACGACACGGAGGACAGGAUGCAGCUGGGCCAGGACGUGGACCGCCUCCGCAGGGAGGUGGCAGACCGUGAGAUGCACCUCAACAACCAGAAGCAGAACAUAGAGACCCUGAAGACCACGUGCACCAUGCUGGAGGAGCAGGUGGUGGAGCUGGAGACUCUGAACGACGAGCUGCUGGAGAAGGAGAGGCAGUGGGAGGCGUGGAGGGGCGCGCUGGAGGACGAGAAGAACCAGGCGGAGAGGAGGACCAGGGACGUCCAGAGGCUGCUGGACAACGAGAAGCAGAACAGGCUGCGUGCGGACCAGCGCAGCUCCGAGGCCCGCCAGGCCGUGGAGCUGGCGGUGAAGGAGCACAAGGCCGAGAUCCUGGUCCUGCAGCAAACGCUCAAGGACCAGAAGCUCAAAGCGGAGAGCCUCUCGGACACACUCAUUGAUCUGGAGAAGAAGCACGCCCUGCUGGAGAUGAACGCCCGUAGCCUGCAGCAGAAGCUGGAGGGCGAGAGAGAUCUAAAGCAGAGGCUGCUGGAAGAUCAAAGCAAACUGCAGCAGCAGAUGGACGUCCAGAAGACCCACAUCUUCAGGCUGACUCAGGGGCUGCAGGACGCGCUGGACCAGACAGACCUGUUGAAGACCGAGAGGACAGACCUGGAGUACCAGCUGGAGAACAUCCAGGCUGUGUAUUCCCACGAGAAGGUGAAGAUGGAGGGCACCAUCACACAGCAGACCAAACUCAUAGACUUCCUCCAGUCCAGGGUGGACCAGGGAGGCUCAAAGAAGAAGAAGGGUCUGUUUGGGAGGCGUAGAGAGGACCUGCUGGUUGCCAUGGCGGCCCAGAGUGGCUCUCAGAGCUCCCAGGGGUCCCAGGGGUCCCCGGUCCCCAUGGCCCCCCCGGUGCCCCUGCAGUACAGCGACAUGAAGGUGGCCCUGGAGAAGGAGCGCUCCCGCUCUUCCGAGCUGGAGGACGCCCUGCAGAAGAUGCGCCUGGAGCUCCGCUCGAUGCGAGAGGAGGCCGUGCAGUAUAAAGGUCUGGAGCAUGGCGCCCCGCCCACACCUGCUUCGGCUCGGCAGCAGAUGAUGAUGUCAGCCCUGGUGAAGUCUCCAGAGCACAAGCAGGGCCCCAGCCAGCUCGCCUCCUCCUCCAGCUCCGGCCGCAGAAAGGAGACCGCCACCCCCGAGGAGAGAAGGAGGGUCACUUUUGAAAAGUAUGGCCGUCGCAUGAAGGACAGCCAGAGAGACAGGGAGAGGGAGAGAGACAGGGCGCACCACAACGCCCCUCACCGCUUCACCGUGGGGCUGAACAUGAGAGCUGCCAAAUGCACCGUGUGCCUGGACACCGUGCACUUCGGCCGCCAGGCCGCCACCUGCAUCGAAUGUCACGCUCUGUGCCACCCGAAGUGCUCCCCCUGCCUCCUCGCCACCUGCGGUCUGCCCAGCGACUGCGCUCUUCAGCUGGGGGAGGGCUCGAGCCGGGACAAGGGCAGCUCCCCCGGGCUGCAGCUGAAGGAGGCCAGCGGACACGUGCGUCUGGAGGGCUGGAUGAAGCAGCCCAGGAACGGCAAGAGAGGCCAGGGUUGGGAGAGGAAAUAUGUGGUUCUGGACGGGACCAAAGUAUCCAUCUACGAGAUAGAGCCCAGAGAAGACUCUGCCACGCCGCUGGAGGAGUUUGAGCUGUGCCUGUCCGAAGGAGAGGUGAUGGUCCACGGGGCUGUGGGGGCGUGUGAGCUGCCCAACACUGCCAAAUCAGAUGUACCAUACGUGCUGAAGCUGGAAUCUCAAUCGCACACCCCCUGCUGGUCCGGCCAGACCCUGUACCUGAUGGCUCCCAGCUUCCCAGACAAGCAGCGCUGGGUGGCCGUGAUGGAGUCGGUGGUGGCGGGGGGGCGGGCGGCCAGGGAGAAGGCGGAGGCGGACGCAGCUGAUGUGUCCAAAAGACAAAUGGUUCUGUCUUCACUGGUCCAGAAGCUGCUGGGGAACUCUCUGUUGAAGCUGGAGGGCGACGACAGGCUGGAUAUCAACAGCACCCUCCCUCUCACUGAUCAGAUCGUGCUGGUGGGGUCUGAGGAGGGUCUGUACGCGCUGAACGUCAUCAAGAACUCCCUGACCCACAUCCCCGGGCUGGGCUCCGUGUUUCAGAUCCACAUCGUCAAGGAGCACGAGAAGCUGCUCAUGAUCGUUGGGGACGAGAGGGCGUUGUGUCUGGUGGAGAUCAAGAGGGUGAAGCAGUCUUUGGCCCAGUCCCACCUGCCGGCCCAGUCUGAGCUGGCCCCCUACAUCUUUGAGACGGUGAAAGGCUGCCACCUGUUUGCUGCCGGCAGGAUAGACAACGGCCCCUGUAUCUGCGCUGCCAUGCCCAACAAGAUAACCAUUCUACGCUACAACGACAAUCUCAACAAGUUCUGCAUCCGCAAGGAGAUUGAGACACUGGAGCCUUGCAGCUGCAUCCACCUGACCAGCUACAGCAUCAUCAUCGGCACCAACAAGUUCUUUGAGAUUGAGAUGAAACAGUACACGCUGGAAGAGUUCCUGGAUAAGAACGAUGUGUCGCUAGCCUCGGCCGUGUUCGCCGCAUCCUCCCACAGUUUCCCCAUCUCCAUGGUCCAGGUCACCAGCACCCAGCAGAAGGAGGAGUACCUGCUCUGUUUCCACGAGUUUGGCGUGUUCGUGGACUCGUACGGGCGGAGGAGCCGUACGGACGACAUCAGAUGGAGCCGUCUUCCCCUGGCCUUCGCCUAUAGGGAGCCCUUCCUGUUUGUGACGUACUUCAACUCCUUAGACGUCAUGGAGGUUCAGGGGCACGCAUCACUUGGGCCUCCAGUGCUGGCCCACCUCGACAUCCCCAGCCCCCGGUACCUGGGCCCAGCCAUCUCCUCAGGGGCCAUCUACCUGGCCUCGUCUUACCAGAACAAGCUGAGGGUGAUCUGCUGCAAGGGCAGCCUGGUCCGCGAGUCCGGGGAGCUACAGAGGACUGGCUCCAGUCGAGGCAGUCCCAGUAAGCGCGGGCCGCCCACUUACACCGAGCACAUCUCCAAGCGGCUGGCCUCGGGACCCGGCAGCCACGAGGGUCUCCACCGCGAGCCCAGCACACCGCACCGCUACCGGGAGGGACGCACCGAGUUCCGGAGGGACAAGUCGCCCGCGCGCCCCUUGGACAGGGAGAAGUCUCCCGGCAGGGUGCUGGACAGCCGCAGGGAGAGGUCACCUGGGAGGUUCGAGGACCCGUCUCGUACCCGCCUCCACGCGGGGUCCGUCCGCACACAGCUCACCCCCGUCAGCAAGGUUUGGGACCAGUCAUCAGUGUGAAAACCUGCCACGGCCCUUAAGAGGCUGAGGAGAGGGAGGGACCCUCACUGGGGGGUGUCCCAUGAUGCUCCUGGCUUUGCCACCUAGGCUGACCGGCCAAUCAAAAGCAAGUCUGCGUCACCGCCUGUACAUAGUGCAAUCUCAACUCAUCCAUCACACAGGACAGACAGUACAGUUGCACUUGGGGAAGUUUCCAAGACAAUCUUCGUUUUUCCAAUGUGUGUUUAUGGGAAAAUCCUAAGGAAGGUAUGGUCUAACAGAGCAUUAAUAGCAGGGACUAACUAUAUGGAUCUAUGGAUCGUGGGUAAAAUCUUUAUAGUAUAAUCAAAGUUGUAAAUAUAUUGUUGUUCCAGUUUUUAUAGUUAAAGGGAAAGGUCGGCAGGGAAAGCCAAGUCUAUUUUUUUUAAGAAAGUGUUUCUAAAUGAUGUUGCAGGGAGUCUAAUGAUGUUACAGGGAGAGAUUCUACAAUCAACAUUUCACUAGUUCAGAUAUUAUAGCUUUUCUAUGGCUGGAGAAUCAUGCCAACAUUAAUUCACCCAUGCACAAACAGGAACUGAAAGGGGUUCCAGUGCACAUGGCCAUGUCACUUUGCACUUCAGAUUUGAUGUGAACAGGAUUCCAAACUCCAUAAUUUCGACAUGACCAGUCUUCUUUUUGGAUCAACUUUCUAUGGUCCGCUCGACUAAAUGGACUUUAAUAUCCAACUGCAUAAGAUUGCUUAAUAACAAUACAUGUCUGAACGUACUUUGUAAGACAAUAAUAAUGAUACCAAUGUUUUGCUACAAGUGUUUCUUUGGUGUUUCAGUAUACCUAAGAUGACAAAGCUUUGCCUCUGAUGGGAAGGCCAGUCGGCCUAAACCCGAUGCUAGCUUGCUCUGGUCUGCUGCUGCGCACGGUCCUGUUCUUACUUCUGUGCAGUGAAACUAUGAAGUCCAGUACUUGUCAGGGUAUGUCACUAUCUAUUAUCGCUUCCUUUAUAAUCGGUGAGAAAAUCUCUAUUCGGGGGAAAAAAAACAUCAAAGAGCAAGAGCAUGAGUAACGUUGUGAAGCCACUUGUCGCUUUUUGCGGGGCAAACUGAUUGUGUUUAUCUGUCAUGUAUUCACUUGAAUUUGCGUUCAAUGAGUAUACAUCGAUGUGAGACGAGAACUCAGAACAUUUUCUUGAUUUAAAAAAAUGUAGACAAACAUUAAACAUGAUUGAGCUUCUCUGGGUCAAGAUGUUUUUUUUUUUCAUCAUAGUAAAAAAAACUAUAUAGUGUACAGUUUGUGGGUUUUAGUUCAACACAUCAUUUGCAAAAAUAUGUUCCUUCUGGCAAAUGACAAGCGCAAGUUGUUUUUAAAAUGUUCCUUUUAAUUCUACAACAAUGUAAUGCUCUGCAAGUAAAUUCAACAAAAAAAUAAACUAAACAAGGAGCACUUGUUGAUACAAGAAAACGCAAUAUACAGCUAAAAAGUCCUCUUCAACAGGUGCAAAAUUAGAAGGUUAAAAGUGCUCGUCAAACAAAUCAAGGAGAAUAAGAAGAGUAAUCCCUUUGUGAGACCUGUUUAAGAACUGCUUAGCACCAGUCCACACACACACCCCCACAUACACACACCCAGACACCAAUAUUCAUAAAACACAAACGCACAUGCUCAAACACGCACACAAUUACUGGGCCAAUGCAGUGAAGCCUCCUACAGGACAGUAUGAGAAGAAUAACAUCAGCAAGGAGAAUUUUAACAAAAAGUAACUGUUCCCCCCAAAAAAGCUAAUUAUUCCAAAACCCAAAAUGUAAAGGGAUUCUCCAGUCAACAAUGGCGACUCUUUCCCAUCCCCUCCCUGUUUGACCUCCAAACCAUCACACCCACCAUCACAUUCAUGCUCCCCCCCACAGCCACAACACAUCCAAACCAAAACCACGCCAAUCCCCUCACAGGACUGGGAGUCCACAGUUCAUAUGAGUGACAGAAUUCAAAUACAGAAAAGAAUGUUGGACUUUCAUAUUCAGCUUUAUUUCGAUGUACUUGUGUGGCAGUGUCUACUUUGAUAGAUGUAAUGUACUGUGUAAAUUGUAAAAAUGAUCAUGAUUAAUCACUUUCCUUUAAAAUUCACAUUCAUGGAUUGUUGGAUCGACAAGACUGGCGUCACUCUUCAGUGAUGGUGGAGCAGUCCUGGGCCUGACCUCUCACCCUCGACUGUGAUGUCACAGCAGGCCAGCUACCACCCUAUACUCCUAAAGGGACUCGGGCCCAGAUCUUGUUUGGUGUUUCAGAAGCAGAGGUUCACCCACUUCCAACUGUCAAACAUACAAGCUAAAUGCUAUAUGGUCAGGCUAAAGACAGGGAUUACCGUUCCCGCGUAGCUGUCUGUGUCGUAGCUAAAUACAGUGGCUCUAAAUUAUAGACGCGUGAAUCUGAGUCUAAGUGAAUCCUUUGAGUUUAGUGUAGGCCUACUGCUAGGAUAACAAAAAAUAUUGAUUAGUAAUCAAAGAUUGGCAGUCUUGAUCAAUCUUGAACGUAGUCUAGGCUUUUAUGUUGUACCUUUAACACUUCAGCUGACUGCUUGUAAAACACAAAUUCUGAAAAGUCCGAAGGCCAUUCUUGAUGAUGCAAAUCUGCAAUGCAAUAAUCGAUCAACCACUACAAGCGCGGUGAGCAUCUGUCUCUGUGCGUGUACGAAUAUGUUUGUAUGUGUCCAUGGUAGAGGUAGUGUGUGCGUGUUUGUCAAUGGAGUGUGUGUGAGAGAGGGUAAAGGAUGUCAGUUUGGGUUCAGCUUGCUUGUUUUGGACCACUGUUAUUUAAGUGCAUAGGCAUCUUAUUGACAAGGGCCUUGUCUUACUUGCCCUUCAGAGCAGUUACUAAUAAACACUGAUUAUCCUGUGGCAAGUGAAUUGUCCCAAUUUGAACAACAAUUCGACAUAUGUAAAUAAAUAACGAAAAAAAAAAACGGAUAGCAUUUAAAA